AUGGAGAUUCAGAGCAGAGACCUGUCCGGACCACAGAUGGGCGGCGUCAACUUUCCCGACCCGACGUUGAUUUUUGGCGACGGAUCUUGGAAGGCAAUGAGCACCUCCUCGGAUGGAAAAGGAGUACCGAUUGCUACUUCAGACGAUGCUUUUACCUGGAACCUGACCCCCAACGAUGCGCUGCCUGACAAAGGUUCCUGGGUCGACCCAAACGACCAGUCUGUGUGGGCACCGGAUCUGAACAAGAAUGAUGCCGGAGUUUACAUUAUGUACUACACUGCGCGCAAGAAUGGCGGAAACCACUGCAUCGGCGUCGCGACUUCAAACACCGCCAUGGGGCCUUACAAGCCCCACGACCAGCCGUUGGUAUGCGACGACGGCAACGGCGGAGUUAUUGACCCUUCUGGAUAUGACGAUGGCAAGGACCGAUGGCUGGUUUGGAAGGUGGACGGUAACAGCAAGGGCGGCGCGACAACCUGUCAAUCCGGUCGUCCAAGCGGCGACUACAUCCCGACGCCCAUCAAGAUCCAGAGGAUGGCGCGUGACGGGCUCACCCUGCUCGAUGCGCCCAAGGUCAUCCUGGACAACGAGGGCCGCAGCAACGAUGGCGUUGUCGAAGCAGCCAAUUUGUACAAGGUCCCCAACGGCGACUUUGUCGUCUUUUACAGCGCGCACUGCUUCUCGAGCGACGACUACGACAUUGAGUAUGCUUGGUCCAGCACGAUUGAUGGAAAAUACGAGGACCGCGGAAUCUUAUUCCGCAGCGCGGAUCACAUCGGAAUCUAUGGACCCGGCCACUGUGAUAUCGACCCCAAUGGAGUCAACAUGGUCUUCCAUGGCCGAGAGAACCCAAAUGAUGGGAAAGCGGCUCGUGUUCUGUACAGCGCAACUCUGCAUAUAGAUGGACGCAACAUCCAGCACUAG